UAUAACGUUACGCGAUCUCUUCCAGCAGGUUGGGUGUGGAGAUGCGAGUCACAAAAGUAGCCUUUAUCCGUGCAGCGAAGCCGCUUCACAAGCGCAAUCGGCCGUCGCAAAAAACGAGGAUUAGGUUGUGAAGGGGAAUAAGGGCCGUGACUCACCUGGAUUGGGCCACACUCGAUACAAUUGAUGAAGCCUUUUCUCCCCCCCACUCUCCUUUCACCACUCGCUGGUAUUACUUUCAACCUCCGCAAAGUCGCCUCGACCUCAAGGGUCUUUCCAGUUCGCAGAUUUGCUGCUUUUACAGUCUCGGAUCCGCGCAGAUACGCAUUUCAAAAGUACACGUCCAAGAAAAAGCAGCCCAACAUGACCACCACUGCCACCACCCUCAAGGGUGAGCCUCUUGACAAGGCCAGCCUCGACGCCAUGUUGCGCCGGCGCAUGUUCUACACUCCCUCGUUUGAGAUUUACGGGGGUGUUUCGGGCCUCUACGACUAUGGCCCGCCUGGUUGCGCCCUACAGGCAAACAUCAUCGAUGUUUGGCGCAAGCACUUCAUUCUCGAGGAGGACAUGCUUGAGGUCGACUGCACUGUUCUGACCCCUCACGACGUCCUCAAGACCAGCGGCCACGUCGACAAGUUCGCGGACUGGAUGUGCAAGGACCCCAAGAACGGCGACAUCCUUCGUGCCGACCACUUUGUGGAGGAUAUUUUGGAGGCCAGGCUCAAGGGCGACAAGGAGGCUCGCGGUCAAAAAGUAGAAGAGAAGGAGGAGGACCCAAAGAAGAAAAAGAAGAAGACUAAGGGUCUGGAAGCAGUCAAGCUGGACGACGCUGUCGUCAAGGAGUACGAGGAGGUGCUCGCUCAAAUCGACAACUACAACGGGGAGCAGCUCGGCGAGCUUAUCAAGAAGUACGACCUUAGGAAUCCUGCGACCGGCGUUCAGCCCAGCCCACCGGUAGCGUUCAAUCUCAUGUUCCAGACCUCCAUUGGCCCCAGCAGCAAUCUCCCCGGCUACCUUCGGCCAGAGACCGCCCAGGGCCAGUUCCUAAACUUUGCAAAGCUUCUCGAAUUCAACACGGGCCAGAUGCCCUUCGCCUCUGCCUCUAUCGGCAAGUCCUACCGCAACGAGAUUUCGCCUAGAGGUGGUCUGCUUCGUGUCCGCGAGUUCUUGAUGGCUGAGAUCGAACACUUUGUCGACCCGGAGAGCCACAAGAAGCACCACCGGUUCCACGAGGUUGAGGAUAUCGAGCUGGCUCUUCUCGACCGCCACACCCAGCUGUCUGGCCAGACGACGACCAAGAAGAUGUCUAUUGGGCAAGCUGUCAGGGAUGGCAUGGUCGACAACGAGACACUGGGCUACUUCCUUGCCCGGAUCCAUCUUUUCCUCAAGAAGAUUGGUAUUGACCAGUCCAAGAUCCGCUUCCGACAACACAUGGCGAAUGAAAUGGCCCACUACGCCUGCGACUGCUGGGAUGCUGAGCUUCUCACGUCUUCUGGCUGGGUGGAGUGCGUUGGCUGCGCCGACCGGAGCGCCUAUGAUCUGUCCGUCCACGCCAAGAAGACUGGUGCACCGCUCGUCGUGCGCCAGCGGCUAGAUGAGCCCAAGAUCAUCGAGGAGUGGGAGGUUGACAUUGAGAAGAAGAAGUUUGGUCCCUUCUACAAGAAGGACGGCAAGGCCAUUGAGGCCGCCAUCUUAGCCACUACGCAGGAGGAGCGCGGCAGGCUCGUCAAGGAGAUGGAGGAAAAUGGUAAGGUCAUCAUCAACGUGCCGGGCGUUGGCGACGGCAAGGUUGAAGUAAGCAAAGACUUGCUCGCCAUUAAGUGGCAGAAGAGGGUCGAGAAUACCCGGGAAUAUACGCCCAAUGUCAUCGAGCCGUCAUUCGGUAUUGGGCGGAUAUUGUACGCCCUGAUCGAGCACAACUACUGGACCAGGGCCAGCGACGGUGGUGACGAAGCGCGGGGUGUUCUCUCUUUCCCUCCUUUGGUCGCUCCCACCAAGGUUCUGAUUGUACCCCUCUCAUCCAACAAGGAUUUCACACCAGCCGUGCGUCGGCUUUCGCAAAAGCUUAGGGCCGCUGGCAUCUCCAGUCGUGUGGACGAUUCGUCGGCUAGCAUUGGCAAGCGGUACAGCAGGAACGACGAGCUGGGCACUCCGUUUGGUGUUACCGUCGACUUCCAGACCAUCAAGGACGGCACAAUAACCCUCAGAGAGCGGGACAGCACACGGCAGGUCCGCGCCGAUGAGGAUAAGAUUAUCGACGCUAUCCGAUCGCUUGUCAACGAUACCAAGACAUGGCAGGAUAUCGAGUCGGAGUUGCCCCGUUUUGAGGGCCAGGAGGUUGAGGUCCCGGUUCGCUGACUGUUAAGGCAGGCUAGGAGGAGAUGUCGAAAUAAAUGAAAAGGUGGAUAUAUCCUAGCUCUUACUCUUGUGCUUGAGCGAGCAGCUUCAGCGUUUGAUACAAGAAUAGAAAGCUCUGUGAUAGACAGUUGUUUGGCUAUACCCGUUUCCCCUGACCGUCGCAAACCAAGGGC